UAAGUGACUGCAGUGAGAUGCUUAAUAUUUUCAGGCAUAGAAGCAGCAUUGACUGGAGCCAGCCGAAUUUGGAAGAUGUAAAUUUCCCCAGCUCACUACACAGAAUGCUUCAUUUGAAAGUGUUGCUAUGUAGAGAGCCAGCUUUGCAGUCAUCUAACCUGUUCUCUCCAGAAGGUUGGCUGAAGGAUGGGAGCGGCUGUGCCUGCCUCUGAGGUCACAGCUUGAAGUCCUUUGAAAGUGCCUUCUGCUGCAGGAGCGAGGCAUAUUGUGGUCUAAGCGUCUUUGCAUGUAUUCAGAUGGACAAUUUGCAAUAGAUAUUAUACCCAGAAGAGCAGAUAAUUCAACAUAUGAGGUGUUUACUAUUAUCCAACUGCCGUAAAGAUAAGCUUUUCAAAAAAAUUUGAACUAAGCUGUUUCUAAACGUAAGACGAAAAUGUGGUUUCUGGUUAGUCAUCUCAUGAUAGCAUCGUUCACAAGCUGUCUAGCAGAGUUUACCUGGCACAGAAGAUAUGGACAUGGAGUUUCUGAAGAAGACAAAGGAUUUGGACCAAUUUUUGAAGAGCAACCAAUCAAUACCAUUUAUCCAGAAGAAUCACUAGAAGGGAAAGUUUCGCUGAACUGCAGGGCACGAGCCAGCCCUUUCCCCGUUUACAAAUGGAGAAUGAAUAAUGGGGAUGUUGAUUUAACAAGUGAUCGUUAUAGUAUGGUCGGAGGAAAUCUUGUUAUCAACAACCCUGACAAACAGAAAGAUGCUGGAAUAUACUACUGUUUGGCAUCGAAUAACUAUGGGAUGGUCAGAAGUACUGAAGCAACACUGAACUUUGGAUAUCUGGAUCCUUUUCCACCUGAAGAACGUCCUGAAGUCAGAGUGAAAGAAGGGAAAGGGAUGGUGCUGCUCUGUGACCCUCCUUACCAUUUUCCAGAUGAUCUCAGCUACCGCUGGCUUCUAAAUGAGUUUCCAGUGUUUAUCACAAUGGAUAAACGAAGAUUUGUGUCUCAGACGAAUGGAAAUCUCUACAUUGCAAAUGUUGAGGCUUCUGACAAAGGCAAUUAUUCCUGCUUUGUAUCGAGUCCUUCUAUUACAAAGAGUGUAUUCAGCAAAUUCAUCCCACUCAUUCCAAUACCUGAAAGAACAACAAAACCAUACCCUGCUGAUAUUGUAGUUCAAUUCAAGGACAUCUAUGCAUUGAUGGGCCAAAAUGUGACUCUAGAGUGUUUUGCACUUGGAAAUCCUGUUCCUGAUAUCCGAUGGCGGAAAGUCCUAGAACCAAUGCCAAGCACCGCUGAGAUCAGUACCUCUGGGGCUGUCCUGAAGAUCUUCAAUAUUCAGCUAGAAGAUGAAGGCCUGUAUGAAUGUGAGGCUGAGAACAUCAGAGGAAAGGAUAAACACCAGGCAAGAAUUUAUGUUCAAGCAUUUCCAGAGUGGGUAGAACAUAUCAAUGACACAGAGGUAGACAUAGGCAGUGACCUCUACUGGCCUUGUGUGGCUACAGGGAAGCCCAUCCCUACGAUUCGAUGGCUGAAAAAUGGAUAUGCGUAUCACAAAGGGGAACUGAGACUAUAUGAUGUGACCUUUGAAAAUGCCGGAAUGUAUCAGUGCAUAGCAGAGAACACAUAUGGGGCCAUUUACGCAAACGCUGAGCUGAAGAUCUUGGCUUUGGCUCCAACUUUUGAACUGAAUCCUAUGAAGAAAAAGAUCCUGGCUGCUAAAGGAGGCCGGGUGAUAAUAGAGUGUAAACCUAAAGCUGCACCUAAACCAAAGUUUUCAUGGAGUAAAGGAACAGAGUGGCUUGUGAACAGUAGCAGAAUCCUCAUUUGGGAAGAUGGAAGCUUGGAAAUCAACAACAUAACAAGGAAUGAUGGAGGCAUUUAUACAUGCUUUGCAGAAAAUAAUAGAGGGAAGGCUAAUAGCACUGGUACACUUGUUAUCACAGAUCCCACGCGGAUAAUCUUGGCCCCGAUCAAUGCCGAUAUCACUGUUGGAGAAAAUGCCACCAUGCAGUGUGCUGCGUCCUUUGAUCCCGCCUUGGAUCUCACAUUUAUUUGGUCUUUCAAUGGCUAUGUGAUUGACUUCACCAAAGAGAAUAUUCACUACCAGAGGAAUUUUAUGUUGGAUGCCAAUGGGGAACUACUCAUCCGGAACGCGCAGCUGAGACACGCAGGGAGAUACACAUGCACCGCUCAGACCAUUGUGGACAAUUCUUCUGCUUCUGCUGACCUUGUUGUGCGAGGCCCCCCAGGCCCUCCGGGUGGUCUGAGAAUAGAAGAUAUUAGAGCCACUUCUGUGGCCCUCACUUGGAGUCGAGGGUCUGACAAUCAUAGUCCUAUCUCUAAAUACACCAUCCAGACCAAGACUAUUCUUUCAGAUGACUGGAAAGAUGCAAAAACAGAUCCCCCAAUCAUUGAAGGAAAUAUGGAGGCAGCAAGAGCAGUGGAUUUAAUCCCAUGGAUGGAAUAUGAAUUUCGUGUGUUAGCCACUAACACCUUGGGUAUGGGCGAGCCCAGUAUACCAUCAAACAGAAUAAAAACAGAUGGUGCCGCACCAAAUGUGGCUCCUUCAGAUGUAGGAGGCGGGGGUGGAAGCAACAGAGAGCUGACGAUAACAUGGGCGCCUUUGUCCAGAGAAUACCACUAUGGCAACAACUUUGGUUAUAUAGUGGCAUUUAAGCCAUUUGAUGGAGACGAAUGGAAAAAAGUUACAGUUACUAAUCCAGACACUGGCCGAUAUGUCCAUAAAGAUGAAACCAUGAGCCCUUCCACGGCAUUUCAAGUCAAAGUUAAAGCCUUCAACAACAAAGGCGAUGGACCGUACAGCCUUAUAGCUGUCAUUUAUUCAGCACAAGAUGCCCCCAAUGAAGCUCCCACUGAUGUGGGCGUCAAAGUCUUAUCAUCUUCCGAGAUUUCAGUUCAUUGGAAGCAUGUUGUAGAAAAAAUAGUGGAAAGCUAUCAGAUUAGGUACUGGGCUGCCCAUGACAAGGAAGCAGCUGCACACAGAGUUCAAGUCACCAGCCAGGAGUACUCGGCCAGACUGGAAAACCUUCUGCCUGACACCCAGUAUUUUGUGGAAGUGGGGGCCUGCAACAGUGCAGGGUGUGGACCUCCAAGUGAGGUGAUCGAGACCUUCACUAGGAAAGCACCUCCUAGCCAGCCCCCAAGGAUUAUCAGCUCAGUGCGGUCUGGUUCCCGUUACAUAAUCAGCUGGGAUCAUGUUGUUGCACUAUCAAAUGAAUCAUCAGUCACAGGAUAUAAGGUACUCUAUAGACCUGAUGGCCAGCAUGAGGGCAAGCUGUAUUCAACUCACAAACACUCCAUAGAGGUCCCAAUCCCCAGGGAUGGACAGUAUGUGGUGGAGGUCCGAGCGCACAGUGAUGGGGGUGAUGGAGUGGUGUCUCAAGUCAAAAUUUCAGGUGCGUCCACCUUGUCUUCAAGUCUUUCUGGCUUACUGCUCCCUGCCCUCGCCGUCCUUCUGCACUUGGAAUUCUGAAUGUGGUCUGACAGCUGAUGCUCCCGGCCCAGCUCAGAAACCACCCUUCAUCCUGAAAAGAUGAUUUCUUCCAACUCCUACGGCUCCAUCCUAAGCCAAAUAAAUUUUACUUUAACAAACUAUUCAACUGAUUUACAAUACAAUAUGACUGAGGCAUUCAGGAACCCCUUCAUCCAAAAAAAUAAACUUUUAAAUGGAUCUAAAAUGAUUUUUAACUCGUUCCAAUAUGCCUUAUAAACCACUUAACUCGAUUCUGUGACAGUUGCAUGAUUUAAUCCAGUGGGACAAGUUAUGGUGUUCACUUUAAUACUAUAGGCUGUAGAGUGAAAGUAAAUCACCAUACACAGGUGCUUUAAAUUUAAUAACAAGUUGUGAAAUAUAAUAGAGGUUGAAAUGUUGAUCAUAUGUGGUAAAUGUAAGAGUAAAACAGUCUCUUGUACUAUCCUCUCUGUUUUGAGUCCUGCAUAUUUUUGAAUGGCCCAAUCAUUCAUGACAUUUUGAAUUUACCUGAAAAAAAAAAAGAACUGAUAUAGUUUGACAUAAAUUCCAUUACCAAGUCAAUUUACUGAAUGAGUUGAAGGAUUUUGAAUUGAAAUCCAAAUUAUACAACUCUUCUAUCAGUAUUGUUAUUUUUGAAGUAAUUUUCUAAAUAUUUGAUUUUCACAAUAUAGCACUUUUCAGUUAGUUUUCUAAUGGUAAAGUUAACAUACCAUAAGAAGUAUUUUUACUUUUGUAUUUUACUCUGAAGUUAUUUUAUGCUAUCAUCAGUGUCAAACCUCAAAAACUAUCUCUUAUCUGGAGUAUCAUCAUCUUACUAUAUUUAUUCACAUGUGGAAUGAUGAAGUGCUUCCAUUUUUUUACUGAGACAAAACAGUCUUUAUACAGCUAGGAAUAAAUGACAGUUAAGUGAAUAUCAGAAUUACCUAAUAAUAUUCUGAUAUUUUUGUUUUUAUGCUUCAUUCCUAAGUGUAAUCUUUUUUUAAAAAAUUGAAGGCACAGAAUCAAGAAAUCACCUGUAGGUUGAAAAAUCUAUAGUAUUCCUUUAAAAAAAUUAGAUUUUAAGUUCAUUUCCCACUCAAUGCCAUAUGAAAACUGGCUAAAAAUACCAAAUCAAUAUGCUGAUAUUUUGCUAAGGGUACUUUGCAGAGUUCGCACACCUGGAAGGCCAAGGGUAGACAGGCAAUGUGUCUGAUGGUGUCUCCCAAGUGUUGUUGCUUAGAGCUUUUAUAAGUUGUGAAAAGGAAGAUGCAUAUUUCUUCAUUCUUCAUGGUGUGCACGGAAAUGUGUCUGAGUGUGGAUGCAAAAGAACUUGGGUAAUAAAAAAUUAGCUGGCUCAUGAAACAGUGCAAUGUUUGAUGUUUGAGGAAGUAAAAUCCUAUUUUAUUAGCACAGCCUUGCUGGCUAAUUAGAGAUAGAGUUUAUCUUUUUAGAAAGGAUAACUUAUAGGUUCAUAAAAAAAUAUUUACAGGAAGCAAAAUAGAUCUAUUACUACUUUACUCCAUCUUUAAUUUGUGUAAUUUUUGUACUAUAUGUCUCUGUGUAAAUGUCUAGUUUUCGUUAUGAAAAUAUCAAUAGCUCAUUAAUUUGCAUUUAACUCUUUAUUAUAAAAAUGAAAAUUUUUUAAAUCAGUAAAAUGGAUGAUUUCCCAGUGAAAGUGUGUCAACAGUCUUCAGAUCCUUGCCAGAUUUCAUAAAAUAUUUAAUUAUUUGAAAAAGAAAUAAAAUGACUUCAUACUUUAGGGGAAAAAUACUCUGUAAGCCUUCUGUACAAACGUUUGUGUUUUUGUUGUUACACUUUGGGGUUUUUCCUUUGCAAUGUGACCCAUGUUGGGCAUUUUUAUAUAAUAACAUUAACUACAUCUUUUGCCAAAUGCAUGCUUGCCUUUUAUUUUCUAACAUGUGGUAAUAAAAAGCAAAACUGGCUAGAUUUUGCAUGAAGUGGUUCUGAGUGGUAAGAAGAAAACAGACUUUGGAAGCUGUUUAGAUUUAAAUUUGUGACAGAUAAAAUAGACUAAAAUUUCUCACACACUAAUAACUCAAGCUUUUCAUUUCCUCAUACAAUUGUACCAAUUUGACUGGGACCAUCAGUUUUAAACUGUCAAACUAACUAACGUAUCAUGCUCUAAAAUGCAAGAUUCUUAAUUAAAUUUAUAUAGUUAGAGACACAUCUGUUGUUUCUUUGUAUUUCAAGAAGGGUGAUAGAAGUUUUAUUUGAUACUGAUAAAUAUUGAAUUUUUAGUUAUUUUUUAUCAUUUUUUCAAUGGAGUAGUAUAGGACUGUGCUUUGUCCUUUUUAUGAAUGAAAACAAAUUAUAAAGAAAUAAAUGUCUGUUACCCAAAAAGCAA